GAACAAGCGACAAUUAUUAUUGUCACCUAUAAAGACAGGUUAAUAAAUCAGGUGAGAAUCAUUCACUUCAAGAACGUAGAACGUAUAAGGCCGUCGACAAUGUCCUUAAAGCCAUCACCACCAAGUGAGGAUGAUGAAGAAAGUUGCCUGGCGCGUUAUCGUCGUAUUAUAAAGUUGCUGAAAUUUUGUGCCCGUCUCUGUGGGGCAGAUAUCACCGAGUUGGACUAUAAAAUGAAUGUGAUCACAUAUACGAUUUGUUUUCUGUUCGUAGUGUUUUGCAUUUGCACGGUCUAUACGAUUUAUGUGGGCAUUGUACAUGAUGGUGAUUGGUCGAUCAUUUUGCAGGCCACUUGUUUUGUUGGCGCCGGCGUGCAGGGUAUAACCAAGUUAAUUUGCUGCAUCUCCAAGCGACACGAGAUGCGCGAGGCUCAAAUUUUUCUCGAUGCCGCUUUUAUGAAGUACGAGCAAUUGUCCGGAGGCUAUAGGGACGCUCUGCUCGAGGCAAUUGCUCUCAGUAUGUCGUGUAUUAAGGGAUUCGCAUUUGUGUAUAUAUUUGUGGUGGCCGUGUUACUUGGAUUUCCAGCCGCUUACUAUAUAUUUUACAACAAGAAAAUAUUAAUUAUGCAAUUUCUAUUGCCCGGCCUCGAUCCCGAAAAGGAGAGUGGUUAUAUUAUGCUAUUUGUCGUACAUUUUGUUUGUUUGGCAUUUGGUGCCUUUGGCAAUUAUGCAGCGGAUAUGUAUCUUUUUGUUUUUAUUAGCAAUGCACCGCUCCUGAAGAAUAUAUUACGUUGCAAGUUCGAGGAUCUCAAUAUAAAGUUGCGUAAGUCGCAUAAUAGAAACGAUCGGAUAAGUUUGAGAAUACAUUGGGAAAUGGUGGACAUUGUACAAUGGCAUCAAGAGUAUCUCAACCUCUUGGACCGUUCGGAGCGUACAUUUUUUGUGAUUAUAUUUGUACAUGUAUUUGCUAGUGCCUUAAGCACUUUGUGCACACUUUAUUGCAUACUAAUUGGCGUUUGGCCAGCAGCUCCAGCUUAUCUAUUAUAUUCGGUUAUGAAUCUUUAUCUAUUUUGUGGCCUAGGAAGUGUUGUAACUAUAUCGAAUGACGAUUGCUGUGAGAUAAUUUAUACACAAUGCCUUUGGUAUAAAUUGCCCGUUGCCGAGCAGCGUCUGUUGAUGUUUAUGUUACGUAAAUCGCAGAGCACACCGGGUCUUUCGGUUGGCAACAUGUUGCCUUUAACCGUCAACACGGCCCUACAAUUGACAAAGGCCGUCUAUAGUCUAUUGAUGCUGUUGAUGCGGGAUACCGAGAAUUGAGCAGACACUACCCAGCUACUACUCCAUUUACUUCAUAUCCUCCCAUCAUUUUGCGGCUGAUUAAUUUUUGCUUUUUGUCUAAUGAACUUGCCCGCAAAGAAUUUAAUAAACAUCGCUUACAGUGCACGCUUU